AUGGCAACAGCAAGGACUGUGAAGGAUGUUUCUCCUCACGAUUUCGUGAAGGCUUACGCUUCCCACCUCAAGCGUUCUGGCAAGAUGGAACUUCCUGAGUGGACCGAUAUUGUAAAAACAGCAAAAUUUAAGGAAUUGGCUCCUUAUGAUCCUGACUGGUAUUACGUUAGAGCUGCUUCAAUGGCAAGAAAGAUCUAUUUGAGAGGUGGUCUUGGUGUUGGCGCUUUCCAGAGGAUCUACGGUGGAAGCAAGAGGAAUGGAAGCCGUCCCCCACAUUUCUGCAAGAGCAGCGGUGCUAUUGCCAGAAACAUUCUGCAACAGUUGGAACGAAUGAACAUUGUUGAGAUUGAUUCAAAAGGAGGUAGGAAAAUCACUUCUAGUGGUAGAAGGGAUCUUGACCAAGUUGCUGGGCGAAUUGUGGUUGCUGCUUGA